GAGCCGAGCUGUCAGCGCUUGGAUUUUCUGCCGCUCAAGUGCGAUGCCUGCUCUGGCAUCUUCUGCGCAGACCAUGUGGCCUAUGCCCAGCAUCACUGUGGAUCUGCUUACCAAAAGGAUAUCCAGGUACCAGUAUGUCCUCUCUGUAAUGUGCCUGUUCCGGUGGCCAGAGGGGAGCCCCCAGACCGGGCUGUGGGAGAGCAUAUUGACAGAGACUGUCGCUCUGAUCCAGCACAGCAAAAACGCAAGAUCUUCACCAAUAAGUGUGAACGCUCUGGCUGCCGGCAGCGAGAGAUGAUGAAACUGACCUGUGAACGCUGUGGCCGAAACUUCUGCAUCAAGCACCGUCAUCCACUGGACCAUGAUUGCUCUGGGGCAGGGCACCCAACCAGCCAGGCUGGACUUGCUGCCAUCUCCAGAGCACAAAGCCUGGCUCCUACAAGCACCAUCCCCAGCCCAAGUCGGAUCUCACCGUCCUCUACCUCUCCCAGCAGAGCCAAAACCCAGUCUUCAUCCCCGACAGCCUCUCCAGUGAUCGCUUUGCAGAAUGGCUUGAGUGAGGAUGAGGCCCUGCAACGUGCCCUGGAAUUAUCCCUGGCAGAAACCAAACCCCAGGUCCCAAGCUCUCAGGAAGAAGAAGACUUGGCUUUAGCUCAGGCUCUUUCCGCCAGUGAAGCAGAGUACCAGCGGCAGCAGGUGCAGAGCCGCAGCUCAAAGCUGACCAACUGCAGCCUGUGCUAGGGUCCUGGGCUUGGGAGGGAGGCUCAGCUGAGAAGGCCCUCACACCUCCAGGGUACACAGGGAGGAGGCGGAGAGCAGCCUGGAGACAAAGACAAGCAGGAGUGAGGCGGAGGCUGCUCCAGGAGCCUCGACAGAAACCUUGCCAAACCGAGCCUAGACAAGCCCUGCUGGCUCUCUGGCUGCAGGGAGAGAAUGGCUGGGAACCACUGGCUCUCCACUGGGGCUGGCCAGGCUCUGCUCUCAACCCCCUUCAACAUGUUACCCCUCUUACCCUAGGGCUGCCCCAACAUGUAGCGGGCAGAGAGGAGCCUGGAGAGAAUAAAGAUCUCGGCAGUCAG